CUUUCACACGACAGACUCUUACACACUUUCGCACAGGAGCGGAGAGGACGCGCCUCCAUGAGACUCCGCGCCUUGACGCGCACGGCGGAGCGGUGAGUGUGCGGGGUGCAGCCUAGUAUGAAGCGACAUGGCGUGGUGUGAGCGCGGGGUUCAAACGCUGCUGGCCACCGUGGGGGCUUUCGCUGCCUUCAGCCUGAUGACCAUCGCCAUCGGGACGGACUACUGGCUCUAUUCGCGCGCGUACAUCUGCAACGGCACCAACGCUACCACUGAUGAGAUCCAGCCGCAGCCCAAAACCAAGAAGGGCGAUCUCACCCACUCUGGGCUUUGGAGAAUCUGCUGUAUCGAAGGCAUUAAUCAAGGCAGCUGUUACAGGAUCAACCAUUUCCCUGACGACAAUGACUACGACACAGACAGCUCAGAAUACCUGCUGCGAAUUGUACGUGCCUCCAGUGUCUUCCCCAUCCUCAGCACCAUCCUGUUGAUGCUCGGGGGAUUGUGUGUUGGAUUGGGCCGACUAUAUAAUAAGACAAACAACGUUCUCCUCAGUGCUGGAAUUCUCUUUGUUGCUGCAGGUCUGAGCAACAUAAUUGGCAUCAUCGUCUACAUCUCUAGCAAUGCAGGUGAUCCAAGUGACAAACGGGAUGACGACAGGAAAUACACUUACUCCUAUGGCUGGUCCUUCUACUUUGGCGCCCUCUCCUUCAUUGUGGCCGAAACUGUGGCGGUCCUUGCAAUCAACAUCUACAUUGAAAAAAAUAAGGAAGUCCGCUGGAAAGCACAACGUGAGUUUAUUCGAUCACUCUCUUCCUCUUCUCCGUAUUUGAGAAUACCAAGCUUCCGCUAUCGCCGGCGGACGUCCCAUUCCAGCUCUCAUUCUACGGAAGCAUCACAGCAAAACUCACCAGUUGUCGGUCUGAAGGGGGUGCCAUCAUCAAGCGGGCCCCUGGAUGAGCUGUCCAUGUAUGCCCUGGCGAGAGAUAGCAUGACGGAAAACACGUACAGCCCAGAACAUGAGGCGGCUGCAGAGUUCCUCCAGGUCCAUAACUGUUUCCCCAAUGAUCUAAAUGAUGGGGUGAACCGUAGGACCACACCAGUGUGACGGGUUUAGCGGAGGGACAGAGAACGAUGUUUGGGAAGAGCUGCUGCAGUGCUUGUGAUCGUCUGUGAUCUCAGACUUUCCUGAUUGGAAAGACGGAAUGAAAGAACAGUCAACUGGAUGGAACCUGAGCCAAUUAUCUGUAUCUUAUCUGCUUUUAGCAGUUUACCAUUGUACGUGUUGUUGCC